CACCACCACAAGAGGGCCCAAUGGGGAGCUGCUCGCCAGCCCGGUCGUUUUGCUCUUCUCGCGUCAGCGUCUACACGUCAAUCAACCAGCAACAUGCGCCUGAUCAACGCACGCACUUUCAAGCUGAAGGAGUUUAGCGGCAAACCCCCGCACUACGCCAUCCUCUCGCACACUUGGGGCGAUGACGAGGUCACCUUCCAGGACAUGGCAGAUCUCGACCGUGCACGCCGGAAGCUGGGCUUCUCCAAGAUUGAGCGAUGCUGCCAGCAAGCCCUCCGGGACGGUCUCGACUGGGCCUGGGUCGACACGUGCUGCAUCGACAAGUCGUCGAGCGCCGAGCUUUCCGAGUCCAUCAACUCCAUGUUCGCGUGGUACGAGGGCGCCAUGAAGUGCUACGCCUUCCUCAGCGACGUGAGCCUCCGUCCCGUUCACGGUAUCGUCUCGGACUUAGAUCAUGAGGCCGAGCGCGACGGCGACGACAAUCCGUCCCUUCAGCGGGUUGCACUCUUCGAAUCGCGCUGGUGGAAGCGGGGUUGGACCUUGCACGAGCUCAUCGCACCCCACAACGUCGAAUUCUACAACUGCGACUGGGAGUACCUGACCUGCAAGCGCACCUGGAAGCAGUCCAUCAGCCGGUUCUGUAUCAUUUCUCCGGGAAUCCUGGACCACUCGGCUCGCCUAGAGUCGGUCUGCGCGGCUGAGAAGAUCUCAUGGGUCUCCGGCCGAGACACCACCCGGCCGGAGGACAUGGCAUACUGCCUGCUCGGUAUCCUGGGCGUCAGCAUGCCGUUGCUGUACGGAGAAGGCGCGAAGAGCGCCUUCUGGCGCCUACAGGAGCAAGUUAUUGCCAAGAGCGAGGAUUAUAGCUUGUUCCUCUGGGAACCCGAUCCCUACAUCUUAGCUCCCAUCGCCGACGUUCUCGCAUCGUCGCCUCGCAAUUUUCACGGUACCUCCUGGACGCCUUGGUCGAAAGUUUUGCCUGAUAUGUUUGGGUUAGGAGAGCCGCUCCAGCUGACAAGCCGCGGCCUCCGGGUCUCACUCUUUCUUCGACCAGUUACCGAGGAUGACUUCGAUGAUGCAGGACCGCUCGGUAAAAACCUCCACGGAUUCUUGACCAGGUCUGCGGGGUUUGGGGCCCGGAGCAUUGCGCGCGAGUGGCGGCUCAGGCGCGACGACCUCGCCCGUCAUUUCUGCCUCGGUGCGUUUCCAAUGCCUAGCAACCGCGAGGGCAACCCCCUGCCAUGCAUUCUCCUUCUUGACCUUGCUUCGGUGGAUGGCAUCGGCGAUUUCCCGCUGCGCACCUACAUGCACGCCAGCGUUGCCCGCCCGUACUUGAGGAUGAACUAUUUGCUCCAUGCGCUGCCGAGAGCCGAGGUUGUGGCCGACCAGCGAUGGGCGCUCAAGAGCUGCUACAUCAUGCCGGGUGAAACCUUUCGCGCCCGUCCGGAAGAAAAUGACCCGCUCAGCUUCCUAUUCAAGCCUCGGCAGCCAGCAUUGUUGCCCAUCGACCUCUGGAUCUGGCGGUCGCCGCAACAGGCCAUUCCGGGUUCCGAACUGGACAGGCGCGGCCAUUCAUCCCGCCGGUGCCUGCACCUGAAAGCCACCGGGGCAUUGCCUGGCUGCUUGGUAUACCUAGCAGUAGAGCCUGGCCGUUACUGGAUGGGCCACGCUCUCGACAAGGGCGUCGACCCGGAGACUGAGGCGAGACGGUUUCAUGACAUGGACCUGAGCGACAUUUGGGUCGAAACGGCGAGAACAGCGGGCCCCAUAGCUGAGAAUCGGCUCGACUUUGAGACCAGAUCCCUGGUCAUGACCCUGUACAUCGACGAAUGGAGCAGGUACCGGGUGUUCUUGGCCAUCGUCGAGAGACCGGAACACGGCGGGGCCAGCUCGGCCGCCUCAGCCACGUCUACCAACUAAUCCUCGGGGCUAUUAUUAGAGUGGCGAGCUCGGUGAAAUGCUGUACUGUGUACCUGCAGCUCGGGUCUUGAAGAACUCAGGCUCCCCGCGUGGUGCAAAACGGGAACUCGAC